UCCGCGCGCCCUGCACGGCUCUUCGCGGGCGGGACACGCUCCUGCGGGGCGGGCGGCUUCCUCCGAGUCGCCAGCGGCCGCCCGGGCCGGAGCAGCGGCAGCGGGCGCGGCGCCCCGAGUCUGCUGGCCGAGCACACCGGCAGGGGUCGGGCGCGCGUUCCCUCCCCGCCCCCACCGCGCGCUGUGGCGCAGCAGGAAUUUGGCGGGGACCCGGGCGCUAUUUGCGGCUCUUCACGCGCGGGCGUCCGGCGGCUCUUGGAUAAUUCCUAUUCUAGGGGCACUGGGUCAUCGCGCCCGACCGGCCCCCUCCCCCGGGCCUGGAGGGUGUGUCCCCCGCACCCGGGCUCGCCGCGCCUAUAAGGGGCCGCGCGGCGGGCAGGGACAUGCAGCUCUACAGCAGCGUCUGCACCCACUACCCAGCUGGGGGCCCGGGUCCCACGGCCGCCGCGCCUGCACCGCCGCCCGCCGCCGCCCCCUUCAGGGUCUCCGUGCAGCCCCCGGGGCCCGCCAGCGGCGCGCCCGAGCCCGAGACCGGUGAGUGCCAGCCCGCCGCGGCCGCCGAGCCCCGGGAAGCCGCCGCCGCCGCCCCCGCCGCCAAGAUGCCCGCCUUCUCCUGCUUCGAAAUGGUGUCGGGGGCCGCCGCGCCCUCCUCCUCCGCCUCCGCCGCCGCCGCCGGCCCGCCCGGCGGGUCCUGCAAGCCGCCUCUGCCCCCGCACUACACGUCCACGGCGCAGAUCACCGUGCGGGCCCUGGGCGCCGACCGGCUCCUGCUGCACGGGCCCGAGCCCGCCGCCGCGGCGCCCGCCCAGCGCGGCCGCUGCCUCCUGCUGGCCCCCGCGCCCGGCGCCCCGGUCCCGCCGCGGCGGGGCUCCUCGGCCUGGCUCCUGGAGGAGCUGCUGAGGCCCGACGGCCCCGAGCCCGCGGGCCUGGACGCAGCCCGGGAGGGCCCCGACCGAAACUUCCGACUGAGCGAGCACCGCCAGGCCCUGGCCGCCGCCAAGCACCGCGGUCCCGCGCCGCUCCCGGGAAGCCCGGAGCCCAGCCCCGGCCCGUGGGGCGAGGAGCACCCGGCCGAGAGGAGCCUUCGGGGCUGGGAGCGGGCCGGCGACCGCAGCGACCCUCCCAGCGCGGACGCGGCGCGGAGGCCUGCCCCCGAGCCCGAGACACCCGCGGCCCGGAGCGGCGAGGCCGCCCAGCACGGCGCUGCCGAGGCGGCACUCGUCCCCCGACCGGAUGCCAGAGACGAGAAGCUGGCCCUGUACCUGGCGGAGGUGGAGAGGCAGGACAAGUACCUGCGGCAGAGGAGCAAGUACCGAUUCCACAUCAUUCCCGACGGCAACUGCCUCUACCGGGCGGUCAGCAAGACCAUGUACGGGCACCAGAGCCUUCAUCAGGAGCUGAGGGAACAGACGGUGCACUACAUCGCCGAUCAUCUCGACCACUUUGGGCCCCUGAUUGAGGGCGACGUGGGGGAGUUCAUCAUCGCUGCUGCUCAGGACGGGGCGUGGGCCGGGUACCCCGAGUUGCUGGCCAUGGGGCAGAUGCUGAAUGUGAACAUACACUUAACUACUGGAGGGAGGUUGGAGAGCCCCACGGUGUCUACUAUGAUUCACUACUUGGGCCCAGAGGAUUCUCUAAGGCCUAGUAUUUGGCUCAGCUGGCUCAGCAAUGGACAUUAUGAUGCAGUGUUUGAUCACUCCUAUCCUAACCCAGAGUAUGACAACUGGUGCAAACAGACUCAAGUGCAAAGAAAACGCGAUGAAGAACUUGCCAAAUCCAUGGCCAUAUCCCUCUCCAAAAUGUAUAUCGAACAAAAUGCAUGCUCUUGAAGUGUCUGAAAACCUACACCCUGGGAAAGUGCAUACGUAAUUUGUGUUUGGAGAAUUAUAUGAACUCUAAUCAGGGUAAUAGCACUUUUAAAAUUAAUAGUAGGUUACUGUAGGUGUAAUGCCUUAACCUUUUUUUAAUUUUGAAUGUUUUCUCAGAGCUGAAGGUUGCUGGGCACCGAAAUGAUGCUUCACGAUAGCUUUGUACGAUCCUACUGCUAUUUAUAAUUUGCUGUAUAAAGUCAGCACUACUUAAUUUGCAAGUUAAUUUCUCACAGUGUAUAUAUUUGUUCAUUCCUGGUAAUCUAUUUUCUAUAAAAAGGUAUUUUUGCACAACAUUUAAGAAAAUUGGUGUAACUUCAUCUAUGACGUGUUCCAUUUUGACAGCUUUCCGGCAUAAACCCAGAAAAGUGCUUUAUAUGAAGCUUAUUUGAAUCAAGUUUGUGAUUUAGUAGUUAUUUUAUGUUGACGAAUUUGAAUUUUACAAUUCUUAGAUACUUUUUCAAAUGGAGAUUGAUACGUUCAUGUUAUCAGAUGAUUGGCCCAUUCCAUUUUGAUGAAACAUAUGUUUUCAUUAUUUUUUUAGAAAUGGUCAACCUUUUAAAGAGAAAUAAUAUGUAAGGGGAGAUUGUGGGAAGAUUUUUUUUUUCUUUAAGAGAUAGUGCCAGCUCUUACUUGAAUGAAAGUCUGAUAUUUGCUGAUGGCAGAGUGGUAAAUUAUUCUGGUUAAUGUUUAGAGUAGAUUGGUGCUCUCAAUCGUUUUUAUUUAUAUUUGUCAUUUUGUUGUAAAAGAAUUUUAACAUGGUGUAAAACUUUGUGAUAAGCCUCCUGCUUUAUAUAGCUUUUGGAUUAAACAGAUUUGAAAACGAAUAGGAUGGAUGCCUCGAACCAACCUUUGCAGUUAUUUUAUAGCAGGAGACUGUUGUCUUAAUAUUCUAAAUAUUAAGUCCUUUUAAAUUCUUUCAAAAGGAAAAAUAGGAUUGCCCUUUAUUAUGUACAAAUAAAAAUGUCUGUAAACCGAGCUUGUACAGUUUGCUGGGUCAAACAAUGUUCCCAACCUAAAAUCUAUCUCAUUUCCACUUAACUACUUUUAGUCAUAUUUAUUAAGUAAUGCAGUUUGUACUUUUUUAUUUUGUAACAUUUUGUGAUUUUUUUGUACAAUACUGUAUUUGUACAAUAGAGCAAUUCUCAGCUGGGUGGAAUGAAUGAAUAAAAUGCAUAGUUUUACUUACA